ACUGCGCUUAAGCGUCGGUUUGUCUGGUUUCUGUGACAACGACUCCGGCUCUGGGUCGUCGGCGGCCAGAGACAAGAUGAAGCUGAAGCGGUUCUUGCUGCGAUAUUACCCGCCGGGCAUUAUUUUGGAAUAUAUUCAAAGUGGGGAAGUGAAAACCAAAUCCAUAGAUUUAUUAGAUCUCAAUACUACAACAGAUGUAGAAGCCUUAGUAGAAGAUAUUAGAAAAGCAGAACCUCUCAUCACACAGUCACGGAAAGAUCAGGUUGUACAUUUAAUUCUACGAUUACAAGAGAAGCUGGGACAACAAGUGGACCACAAGUUCUAUCUUUUUAAGGUACUUCGAGCACAUAUAUUGCCACUCACCAAUGUUGCCUUUAACAAAUCUGGUUCUUGCUUUAUCACUGGAAGUUAUGACCGAACAUGCAAACUGUGGGAUACAGCAACAGGAGAAGAAUUACGUUCUCUGGAAGGCCACAGAAAUGUGGUGUAUGCAAUUGCUUUCAAUAAUCCUUAUGGUGACAAGAUUGCUACUGGAUCAUUUGACAAGACCUGCAAAUUAUGGAGUGUAGACACAGGAAAAUGCUAUUAUACUUUUAGAGGACACACUGCAGAAAUAGUUUGCUUGUCAUUUAAUCUUCAAAGCACACUAGUUGCGACUGGAAGCAUGGAUACUACGGCUAGAUUAUGGGACAUACAGAAUGGAGAAGAAGUAGUCAGAUUAACAGGACACUCUGCAGAGAUUAUUGCAUUAUCGUUUAACACCACAGGAGACAGAAUCAUCACAGGUUCUUUUGACCAUACAGUCGCAGUAUGGGAUGUUAGCACGGGCAGGAGAAUGCAUACUUUAAUAGGCCAUCGUGCAGAAAUAAGCAGCGCACAAUUCAAUUGGGAUUGUACUCUGAUAAUUACUGGAUCUAUGGACAAAACAUGCAUGCUUUGGAAUGCUUUGACAGGCAAGCGGGUGGCAACCUUAACAGGCCACGAUGAUGAAGUAUUAGAUAUUUGUUUCGAUUAUACUGGCCAGCGUAUUGCAAGUGCCUCAGCUGAUGGAUCAGCAAGAGUAUAUGAUGCAGAAACAAAAAAAUGUAUUGCAAAACUUGAGGGUCAUACAGGAGAAAUUUCAAAGAUCUGUUUCAAUCCUCAAGGAAGUCGUAUUCUUACAGCCAGUUCAGAUAAGACAGCUCGACUUUGGGAGCCUAAGACAGGACAAUGCAUUCAAAUAUUGGAAGGCCACACUGAUGAGAUAUUUUCCUGUGCUUUCAAUUAUAAAGGGAAUAUCAUUAUUACAGGAAGCAAAGAUAAUACAUGUAGGAUAUGGCGCUAAUUGAGGCAAUGAUCCAGUUUUCUAGCAAUUUUAAUUCAGUGUUUUUAUAUAGACAGGAACCUUCAAAAUCUGUCUUUUUUAUUCUUUCUGUAGAAGAAUUAUUUCCUGGACUUACUGUAAUAAUUAACUUGGCUACUUAUAUAAGAAAUGUGUUAGUGAAAAAGUUGUAAGAAAUGCCUUUUUUCUCUAAAGAUCUGUAGGCUAGUUGGAGUGAAGAGGCAUCAUGAUAUUAUUAGCUGUUACUUGAUGUCAUUCUUGCAUUAAUUUAGAUAUCUUUUCCUUACAAUGUUUAAUUUUCAUUUAAUAAAAACAUUUCAAUCAGUAUAAUGUAGUAUGUAUCUAUGUAGUAUUGAUUGGAACAUUCUGUUCAUAUUUUGUAUUUGGGACUUAAUUUUGAAUUUAUAUCAUAUAAUUCAAUAUCUUGAUUUUAAAAAAAUACUUUAGAUUUAUGGUUUGCCCCAUCCUGAAAGGUUUAAAUGUAAAUUUACAUGUAUGUUUAAAUAUUAGAAGUCUCUAACAUUAAAUAAGUGCAACCUAACAAGUAUUAAGUUUUAUUCCAUACCAUUGAGAAAAAAGAAAUUGGUAUACAUUAACUCAUACUAUGAACUGCAUAAUGGAAGCUAAUGAAUAUGCAUCACAUUUCACAUAUGGCUUUCUAAGUAGUCCUUUGGCUUUAUUUUAUUUAUUUAUUUUUUGCAUUAUGAGAAUAAUUUUCUGUGAAUUAUUCAUAUGUUCAUUGGAGUUCCAUGUUCUGAAAUUAAAACAAUUGCAUUGA